GCGGCGCGCGCCUUCCCGUCGCCUCGCCUGGCUUGUUGGAGGGGCUUCAAUUCAACUUCACCUCUUUCGCUUCCAGACUGACUGUUAUUGAGCGAUCCCCCCCCUCCAUGGGCUGGCGUUGAACUGCCACGAUGGCGGUGAAGAUUCCGCUGCCCGUUUCUCCACGCGGCCAUUCCCAGCUGCGGCCUCAGUCAAAAAAUGCCUGGGAAUUGGGGUUCAUUCCUUCAAUUAACUGUCUACAUUUCUACUUCAAACCGUGUAAAAACCCCUAAACCGUAUUCGUAGACGUCAGGGUAGCGGCUCUGCGCUGGAGAAAACCAACCGCCCGAGUAAUCCCAGAAUUGAGGGGGAUGGAUGUUGUUAAGCCUUUGUCCGAAAAACCGGUGCUUGUCUUCUCUCGGCCUUUUCGACAGAGGGCGUUGAAAGGUUUUGAGAUAAUCUCUUCAAGUGGAAAGUAAAGGGCAAACGAAUCCAUCCAGCAUCGUUAUUUCUUCCUUUCCCCAUGGAAAUUAAGAAAAGUAACAUAAGAGGGGACCGGGAAAACAGGAAGAAUCACAAGUAUAGCGUGGUCAGAUCUCAGCUAAGUUUGUCCUCAGUGAGUGACCAUGAUGCACACAGAGCAGGACUUCAGCCGGUCAGCAAAUGGCAAGCCUAUGGACUCGAAGGCUAUCCUGGAUUUAUUUUUAUCCCAAACCCCUUCCUCCCAGGUUACCAGUGGCACUGGGUAAAGCAGUGCCUUAAGUUAUAUUCCCAGAAACCCAACGUUUGUAACCUGGACAAACACAUGACUGAAGAACAGACCCAAGAUCUGUGGGAACAGAGCAAAGAGUUUCUGAGGUGUAAAGAAGUGAAUAAACGGAGACCCCGAAGUUUACUAGAGAAACUGCGCUGGGUGACCCUAGGCUACCACUAUAACUGGGACAGUAAGAAAUACUCAGCAGAUCACUAUACACCUUUCCCUUCUGACCUGGCUUUCCUCUCAGAGCAAGUGGCUGCUGCCUGUGGGUUUCAGGGUUUCCGAGCCGAAGCAGGGAUCCUGAAUUACUACCGAUUAGACUCCACGCUGGGGAUCCACGUCGACAGAUCUGAGCUGGAUCACUCCAGACCGCUGCUGUCGUUCAGCUUUGGACAGUCUGCCAUCUUUCUCCUGGGUGGCCUCAAAAGAGAUGAAGCCCCCACAGCCAUGUUUAUGCACAGUGGUGACAUCAUGGUAAUGUCAGGUUUCAGCCGCCUGUUGAACCAUGCAGUCCCGAGGGUCCUUCCAAGUCCAACGGGGGAAAGCCUGCCUUGCUGCCUAGAGACACCUCUCCCGGCUGACCUCCCUGGAGAUUCAGUGGUAGAGCCCUGUUCUGUGGAAGACUGGCAGGUGUGCGCCAGCUACUUGAAAACCGCUCGUGUUAACAUGACUGUCCGACAGGUGCUGGCCACAGACCAGGACUUCCCUUUGGAACCCAUGGAGGAGAAUAAAAGAGACAUCACCUCAGAAGGUGUCUGCCGUUUGGAUGACGAGAAUAGCCAAGUAAAACGAGCUAGGUUAAACCCUGACAGCUGAGACUCGGAGAACCCAUUCUUUGACUCAAGCGGGUCUUGUAAGUAAAUGACCUUGCUGUUUUGUAUUGCCAUAGACUUUGGCACCAAUACAAGCCAAAAACAGAGACGGGGAAAAACUCAUCAUUGAUCACACUGUUGCCUUGGAACCCAUUCUGGAGAAUAAACUGAUUAGCCAGCUUGCUCAAAGAAGUGUUUGACAUGGUCCAGUCAUGGCACUAAUGUAUGUGAGAAGUCCAAGGAGAUGUGACCGUCCACAACAGCCUUCUCAGCCUCUGCCAUUUUCUCUGAGGCAGGCAGAAGUGUUUUCAUGUCCAUGGAGUCUUUAAAUACCUCAGAUCUUAUUAAUGGGAAACAGAAUACCCUUCCCUCCACCCCAUCUGGUGAUUUGUGGUAAAAUUUUGGUUCCAGGAGCCAACCAUUUGCCUCACCUUCUUAAUUCUUCCAGUCAACGUCAAAUUCCUUGAUCUUCUCUUCCAUCUUUUCUGGCCUUCACAGAAGAAUCCUAUACGUAUUACAACAAUGGAACUGGAAAUCUCAUCCCCUAGAAAAGAAAUUAAUCCAGCUCUCUCUCUUGCCUAAAAGGUAAAUGUAUAUAAAAACCCAAGGAAAGGGAAAGAGGAGUUUCUCCAGAUGUUUUUUAGAUCUCUAAACUCUUCCUUUGACUUUUUAAUGCAGUUUUAAUUGUUGGAGUAAAAAAGCCCCAAGGGUGUUUUGUAACUGUUUUCUCCCUGAAUAAACUUACUUGAUUUUAAAUUAAAGAUCUGUAUCUGUCUGAGG